CUCCUCCCCCUGUCCAUGUCCACUUGCCCCGGGCCGCGCCGGUCUGUGCGUUGCCCAGGGAGACGCAGGACGCGGGGCCUGCAGUGGGCGCAGCCGGGGUCCCGUGAGGACGGCUCCCGGCCCGGCUCGCACCCGCUCGGCUCCGAGUCGGCCCCACAUCGGGGCCACGGGCGGGCGUUCCCGAGCCAGACGCUGCUCAGACGUAAAUAUCGAGCUGGUAGCGUCGGCCGAGUUUUGAGAGGUGAGCUUGUAGUAGACAAAACAAAAAGGAAAAAACGAAGAGAGCUCUCUGAAGAACAGAAGCAAGAAAUUAAAGAUGCUUUUGAGCUAUUUGAUACUGACAAAGACCAAGCCAUAGAUUAUCAUGAAUUAAAGGUGGCAAUGAGAGCCUUGGGCUUUGAUGUGAAAAAGGCUGAUGUGUUGAAGAUUCUUAAAGAUUAUGACAGAGAAGCCACAGGCAAGAUCACAUUUGAAGAUUUUAAUGAAGUUGUGACAGACUGGAUACUAGAGAGAGAUCCACAUGAGGAGAUACUGAAAGCAUUCAAACUGUUUGAUGAUGACGAUUCAGGAAAGAUAAGCUUGAGGAAUUUACGCCGCGUUGCCAGAGAGCUGGGUGAGAACAUGAGUGAUGAGGAGCUACGCGCCAUGAUCGAGGAGUUUGACAAAGAUGGCGACGGAGAGAUAAAUCAAGAGGAAUUCAUUGCUAUUAUGACCGGUGACAUAUAAAGAAUUACAAGAUUCAACAACAAAAUGUUGCUGUUACCACCUAUCUUCUCUUUGUGUGCCUGGAGUCCUGUUUAAGAAAACAUAGUUCUUUUUUUUAAAAAGGAACAAAACCAAGCAUCCUUUGUAUGUAUAUUUCAAUACUGUUAAGUUUAUGUCAUUAAUGUAGUAGUUGACUUCACAUUUAUAAUACAUGUUUAUAUAAAGUUUUAAAACAUCAAAUCAUGUGGUAUACCUUAUUUGGAGACUUCUAAAUUUAGCAUUAGCUAAUUGCUUUUAUUUUCAUGCACAUUUUUUUUAGACAUUCAUUAAUAAAAUACUUAUUUUAUUAUCUUAA